GGUGACACUUUUUUCCUUUGAUUAAUUAAAUUUAGAUCGUCACGUCAUCUAAGGGAUGGCGAUCAAAGAAGAAAAAAAGUUGUAUUUUGUGGGUCUAACAAAACUAAAAAGAUUGAGUGGUUAGAGGAACUCAGAUAAGGAACGCAUCGAUCGAGAACACAAUCUAAAUAGAGAAAGAGAUGGAUAGUGAAUGACGUUGUAACGAUAGUGGUAUUCCGUAUGGAUUCCGUUUGCUUACAAUAAAAUUUCACAUAAUAAAACAAUAAUCUAAGUUACAACCUUUCAAACAAGUGUAAACAUUGAUGUAAACAAACAGUUGUUUCCUCAGUUUUAAAUCGUUAGACAUUAUAUAUUAGUAUCUGUGGCUUUAAGGUCUCAUUUUUAAUUGAAAUAAAUUGUUUUUUUGCGCAACGAGAUCAUUACGAUAUAUUUUUAUAUUAAAUCGUUUACAUACACUUUCGGCAUAAAAAUACACUACAAUGGGAGGUGGUGAUUUGAAUUCUAAAAAAUCAUGGCAUCCUAAUACUAUGAAGAAUCAAGAGCGAGUGUGGAAAGCUGAGCAAGCUGCUGCACAAGAAAAAAAACGUAUUCAAGAAUUGCAAAAAGAACAUGCUGAAGAAAGAGACCGUUUUGAGCUCAAUAACAUGAUAAAGCAAAAUGCAAGCUCUGCAAGUGGGUCCAAUAAUAACCGUUUACAUUGGAUGUAUGAUAAGCCAGACAAAAAAGUGCAGCAGGAAGAUUACCUUCUUGGCAAAUCAAUUGAGAAGAACUAUAAUAAUGUAGAAAAACAAGAACAAGAUGUCAUUCCAGCUGUGGCUAGGAGAGUAGUUGGUUCAAGCAUGCUCUCUAUUGCUGGAGAUUCUCAAGUAGACUUGGCAAGGAAGCUCCGUGAGGAUCCACUACUACUUGUAAAAGAAAGGGAACGAGCAGCUCGUGCUGCUCUUCUUAAUAACCCAUUACAAAGAAGGCGUCUAACUCAAUUACUGAGAAAGGAACAAGAGCAGAAUAAAGAUCAUAAGUCAAAGAAAAAAACAAAAAGAGAUAAGGAUUUAGAUAAACAGCUUGCAGCUAAACUCAAUGCCUUGGGUAGUGAAAAGGGUUUCAAUUUGGCUACAUUGUUAGCAUCAGACAGCUCUGAUACAGAUUCUUUAUCAUCUGAAGAAGAAAAAUCUAAGAAGAAGAAACACAAACAUGAUAAGACGAAAAAGAAACAGAAAAAAAGAAAGAAGGAUGAUAGCCUAUCCGGGGAGUCAUCAGAUGACGAUAAAAGUAGAAAAGACAAACGGGAGUCUAAAGAACAAGAUCGAAACUGCACUGUGCAAGAGAAGCAGAAGAAUUAUAAAGAAUCAAAAAAAAGGAAGAGUGAUAAGGACUCAUCAGAUUGCGAAAGUAGGCAUAAAAAGAGCAAAAUAUGUAGCUCUGACAAACAUAGAGACAAUCGAAACAGAAGUGAAGCGCAUAGUGCAGAUUGUGAUAAACGUCAACUGUACCAAAGGUCGGAACACAGUAUCAGGGUGGGCAGUAGAUAUGAGAGGGAGACAAAGGGUAGAAGUAAAGGCAUGAGCUCGGAAGAACGGGCGACGAAAUUGGCGGAGAUGGCGGCCGCGGGCGCCGAGCGCGAGCUAUCGCGAGGCCAGCGCGUGGCCGCGCAGCGCGCCGCCGCCGAGCGCUCGCCGCGCCCCGCCGCUGGCCGCGCCCGCGAGGUGCACGCGCUGCCCGACUCGCUCGAGGCGCGCAUACACUCUAACAGGCAUUACAUCCAGCGCGGCAGCAGGCACAUGGACGAACAUUUCGCCAGGAGGUAACUUUGUGGGACUGAGUUAUUUCGAAAUUGAAUCGACAAAUGUUUGGAAUGGCAUACAUACUGUCAGUUACUAACCCGCAACAUUUUGUUGAACUAAAACAAAUGCACAGAUUAAUUUUGAUGCAUAUGAAAUCCUAUGGGUAAAAUAACUCAAUAAUACUGUUAUUUAUUGGUAUUGUUAAAGCCCCUGUUGGAUCUGUUGUAAUUUAAGUC